CAGGUAGAAUAAAUCUGGAAAAUGAAGUUAAUUUUUUAUUAUUAUGAAUGAUAAGUAAGUAAAUUUGUUACUUUUAUAUGAUGAUUGAUGCUGAUGAAGUGAAGGGUAGCAGAAGAGCAGCAGCGGUCAUUUCCUUAAACGUUAAACCUCUCUUAAAAACCCCAACACCACCUGAAUCCAACAUUUGUCCGCAUCUCCACCAAUCCCCCAAAUGUCAAACGUUGUCGUACUGGACAACGGUGGUGGCUUCAUUAAAGCCGGCCAAGGAGGUGAACGCAAUCCCGCCGUCGUCAUCCCCAACUGCCUCUACCGCCCCCUUACCUCCAAGAAGUUCCUCCAUCCCACCACCACCUUCUCCUCCUCCCCCGAUGACCUAACCUCCGCCGCCAUUCGCCGCCCCAUCGACCGCGGCUACCUAAUCAACCCCGACCUCCAACGCGACAUCUGGUCCCACCUCUUCACCUCCCUCCUCCACGUCACCCCUUCCUCUUCUUCCCUCCUCUUAACCGAACCUCUCUUUUCCCUCCCUUCCAUCCAACGCUCCACCGACGAGCUCGUCUUCGAAGACUUCGGCUUCAGCUCUCUCGUCGUCGCCGAUUCCCCUUCCCUCGUCCACCUCUACGAGACCAGCUGCCGUCCAUGUGGCCUGGUUUCCGAGGCCCAGUGUAGUUUGGUGGUGGAUUGCGGCUUCUCUUUCACGCAAGCGGCGCCUGUAUUUCAGAACAUCACCUUGAAUUAUGGGGUGAAGAGAAUUGAUUUGGGUGGGAAAGCUUUGACUAAUUAUCUCAAGGAGUUGGUUUCCUAUCGGGCCAUUAAUGUCAUGGACGAGACUCUUCUAAUGGACGAUGUUAAAGAGAAGCUUUGCUUUGUUUCUCUUGAUGUUGAAAGAGAUCUCCAGUUUGCCAGGAAACAUGGAAAAGACAAUCUUUUUAGAUGUACUUAUGUCUUGCCUGAUGGUGUUACUCACACAAAGGGUUAUGUUAAAGACCCUGAAGCAGCUAAGAGGCAUCUUGCAUUGACUGAUGGGGCCUCUCCUUCAGAAGCUAUAGAAACAAAGAAUGAAACAGAUCAGUUGGGAGUUAUGGAUAAAACGGCAGAGAGGAAGAGAGUUGAUUUAACUAAAAAUGAGUUUGACUUAACAAACGAGCGGUUUCUUGUUCCUGAGAUGAUCUUCCAACCUGCAGAUUUGGGAAUGAAUGAGGCUGGACUAGCGGAAUGCAUUGUUAGAGCUGUCAAUGCCUGCCAUCCUUAUCUUCAUCCUGUACUUUACCAAAGCAUAAUAUUGACCGGUGGGAGCACAUUGUUUCCUAGAUUUGUUGAGAGACUAGAAAAGGAUCUCCGCCCUCUUGUCCCAGACGACUACCAAGUCAACAUAACAACACAAGAAGAGUGUGUGGCGAGGGGGUUCACUUCUAGCAUCCAGUCCUGACUAUGAAUUAAUGCGUGUGACUAAGGCAGAGUAUGAGGAGCUUGGAUCUGCACGAUGCCGGAGGAGAUUCUUUCGUUGAAUUCUCAAGAUCUUGAAGGUUUUUUGUCUCUACUAGAUCUAAAUGGCAUCUGUAUCUGGCAUAUAGGCUUAUAGAUUUGGUCAGUUUUUUUUUUUUUUUAAAUUUUGAGCCAAAUCAUGUCAGUUUAUUGAUACACGAGGCUGGAUGUUGCUGGGUAUCAAGUGCUCUUUCAAUGCUGAACAGCAUUCUUAAGUGAAAAGCUUUGGCGGCUGACCCAUGUUGUAAGAAACUUGAGCAUUUUUGUCAUGCUCGCUCAUCACCUGGUUUUGGUGAAUUUGCUAUAAUAUGGCUCCUAGAAUGUUAUUUCUUGUGGAGCAAGUAUCUUGGAGAUGAA